ACCUGAAUGGAGACCAAAACCAAGGUCUCUCACUUAAGUUGUUUUGUUGACAUACUUAAACUAUUGUUGCGGUUGUGUUCACUGACUAUGUUAAAAAUGGAUUAAGAAAAAAUGUUGUAAAAAUUCCAUUGCAGUAAUCUAUACUUUUAAAUAUGUCUUGUCUGGUCUAAAACACAUUCACAUCGGUGAGGAAAUUUAAUCUAAGUAAGUCUAAGACUAAAUUAAGGCCCAGGCUAAGGCAUCUAAGAUGAUAUACAAUCUAAGACUGACUAAGACAAGAAUUCUAAGACUUAACUCUAAACUAGGGUGACCAAAUCAUGAACUGGAAAAAAAGGGACACACCCAAGGAGGGUUUGGGGGAAAAACCUCCAGCUAAAAAAAAAAAAAGGGGGGGGGGGGAACUUUUUAUUGAAAUAUGUUAAUUUUAACUAUUUUGAGACCUUGAAAUCUUUUUAAAUUUACCUUCACUUUUGUAACUUAAUUUAAACUCUGAGGCAUAUCAAAAACGAAAACAAUAAUUUUGCAGUGAAUACUUAUUUAUGUAUGCAUAUAAGAUCUAUGACAGGGCCACUGUCAUUUAUGCAGUGUCGGCAGAGUGGUCGAUGGGGAACAGUUCAGCCACACACUAGCCCACAUCACUACUGGCACUGGCUACACAGCUAGCCAAAAUAUUACUUGAAGUUAUAUUAUAAAUUCAGAAGUUUUAGUGAUUUGAAAAUGUGUUUGGUUUUAAAUACGGGACAUUUAGGCGUCCCGAGAGACUUUUUUGGGACAUGUACGAUCGUGAAAAAAUGGGACAAUCCCAUUUUUAUGGAACGUUUGGUCACCCUACUCUAAACUUAACUAAGGACUAACUUACUAAGACUAAGAAGAGUCUAAGAAAGACUACUUAACUUUUACUUAAGGGCAUUAAAAGACUAAAUCUCAGGGCAUGGCAUAAGGCUAAAACAGACUAAGCUAGGCCCCAAAAAAAUUAAAUAAGAAAAUUGGACUGCCAGUAGGCCUAAUCUAAUAGUAAUAGUUUUAUACUGGUCUAUGUUGUUACUAUACUAUGGUCUAUUUCAUAAGCAGGGUAAAGAGUAGUAUUACAUUUCAUUAGCAGUAAUAAAUUAAAUAAAUACACAUUUGACAAAGUAGCCUAAUAAGUAAUUAGUUAAUUUUAAGUACCCAGACUUAGACUUAGUCAUUAAGUUAGAUUAUAUAAUAAUAAUUUAUUAAUAAUUAAAUACAUAGGACUCCGAGUCUGUUUGGACGAUUUUUUACUUUCGCCCCCCCCCCCCCCCACAUCACUGUCACAAAAGGUAGACACCUCUAUCACACAUCAUCACAAAAUUUUGACCCCUUCUAAUUGCGUGAUGUUAUUUAUCGAUUUACAAAAUAUGAAAGAUGCAACAGAUACACAUUCAUUAUUAAAGUAUAAUUUAAAUGUCUCAAGUCAUUAUAAGUUCCAAAUGCUGUAAUAAAAAUUGUGAAUAAUAAUAUACGUUUUUAAUCCUUGCUUUGGAAUCUUUAAAAAAGUGAAUAUUUUGCUAGAUGCAAAUAUAAAAAUGUUAAACUGAAAUUAUUUCCAUGUAAAAAUUGGUAUAGGCCUGCAUGCAGAGAUAAAAACUUUUGACCUUUGCAAGUGUAAUUUAUUAUAGUAAAUGUAGUAAGAUUAUUCAGUUUAAGUUGUAGGUCAGUGUCUACAGCUCAGCAUUAUUUUGCUAAUAUGAUAAAUUAAAUUAUUUUUUUAAAUCCACAGAUUUCUUGAAUUUUAAUAAAAAUCUGAUCAGCCUUUAUACACCAAAAAUGGCUGACAGUGCUAGUGAACUUGAGAGUGAUGCCAGCUCCAUUGAUGGAGGCCCUACUUUUAGCAUGCAGUCACCAUCACCAGCUCAAGCUGAACAACUUAAUAAGCGAAUUGAGUCUCUGCAACAGGAAAAUAGAGUGCUUAGAAUGGAGCUUGAUACCUACAAGCUUAAGUGCAAAUCUCUACAGGAAGAGAACAGAGAACUAAGAAGAGCCAGUGUUUCCAUUGUAGGUUUUUUAAUUAAAUGUUUGAUUAGUAUAAUUAUUUAUUGCAAAAUGUUCAGAGAGGAGUAAGCGUGCUUUUCUAAAACUUGUGAUUUACAAUCUACUUAUGGUAAAGAAAUGUACAAAUUAAAUGUGUAUUUUCUUACGCAGUUAUUAAACUUUUAAGACCCUAUUAGGUUUUAAUAAGAAUUAUAUAAUUUUGUUUCUAGUAUGAUUUACAACUAUUUCAUUCUAUUUACUUUAUGCAUGUUCUAGUACAAUAUCUGAUGCUUUAUUUUAUUAAUAAUAAUAAUAUUAAUUAUUUAGUUAAUCGCUGAUAUAUUAUUAUUUAAUUAGGUUUGAGUUCUGCUAAUAAAAUGUACAAUAAGAUAUUAUUUCACACAAGGCAUUCUCUUUUUGUGUACAGCAAGCAAAAGCAGAGCAAGAGGAAGAGUUUAUCAGCAACACUCUUUUGAAGAAGAUUCAGUCUUUGAAGAAAGAAAAGGAAAUGCUUGCAAUGAACUAUGAACAAGAAGAAGAGUACCUCACUAAUGAUCUUUCCAGAAAACUAUAUCAGGUAUGAACUUCUUGAGAAUCAAUUUGAAAUGGGCUGUAAAUGUUUAAAAGUUUCAAUGCUUUAGAUUAUAAAUUUAUCAUUGUUUGUCCUUCUUAAUAUCAAGUGCUGAAUCAAUAAUUCUAAAAUAAUUUUUGGGGCUGCAGAUAAAGCUUGCAGUAGUUAAUUCAUUUGCAAUUUAUAGCUUAUAUACCAUCAUAAAACUACUGGCAUAUUUUUCUCAAUAGCUGCGCCAGGAGAAGAUUGAACUGGAAGAGACUUUAGAGAAAGAGCAAGAGUGUCAGAUCAAUAAACUUAUGAGGAAAAUAGAGAAACUGGAGGCUGACACAUUCAAUAAACAGCAAACUUUGGAGCAGGUACCUGUUUCAUUCUCAUACACCAGUCGGUUGUGGCACACACUUAAGUAAACUGGAGGGGGGGGGGGCACAAAGAAUAGACUUGGUGGGGACAAAGAUUCAUGUGUAUUUACAAAAAUGCAAGUCCUCAAAAUAUUAACAUUUAUUUAAUACACCAGUCGGUUGUGGCACACACUUAAGUAAACUGGAGGGGGGGGGGGGCACAAAGAAUAGACUUGGUGGGGACAAAGAUUCAUGUGUAUUUACAAAAAUGCAAGUCCUCAAAAUAUUAACAUUUAUUUAGAAUAGACAACUUCCUAGAAUCUGCUACUGCAUAGAAAAGGGUAUUUAAUAAUCACUUCAAAAUUUUUUUUGAGCUAUUUGAACACUGAUCUUAAAAUAAUUACUUUGCAGCACUUUUUAAACAAAACCUUAUAGCAAAAAAUUUUUAUGGAUUGCAUGCACUGUAGUCUAAAAAAUAUAUUGAAUUUAAAAUUAAAUGCUGUUUAUUAUCUUAAACCUAAGAUUUUUAGAAGUUGAAAUAAUGGCUUCUUAAUUUUAAAUUACAUGCUUUUAGAUUAGGGCUAAGACAACUUUUACCUCUUUUACAAACACUUACAGUUAUACUUUAUUUAAUGGUUUUCUGCCUUUUAUAGUGACUAGCUAAAGACGGUGGAUUCAUAUAUUUUCACUGCAGUAAUUAUCUCAACGCGCAAGUCUGAGGUUGUUUUUUUUUCAAAUUUAUAAAGACCUAGGGUCCCCACAUCCCAUAAAAGUAUUUUAAAAUUGCAUUAGGGGAAAGUAAAUUUUUGUUCACAUGAUCUUAUGUUUUAAAAGUUUGUCUUAAGCAGACCUGCCAACCCUUCAGAUUUUGUCGGAAUUAUACUGAUUUUUUACCCCUCAUUCCGACCUUCCGACAAACCCCUUAAAAUUCCAAUUUUCUGAACAUUAUAAUUUUUCACCCGUCAUAAAAAAAUCCAAAAGUGAAUAAAUUAAAAAAAAAAAAUUGGAUACUACAGGAAGUGAUGCAUUUGGUAGAUGCCUCUUCUUUUGUUUUUACGAAGUGUCUACAUGUCCGGCGAUCGGAUCAAUAAGUUCUCGAGAUAUUCGUCUGGCUGUAAUUGUUAUAUAUUCGACCAAGUCACAAGACCGCCGUAACAAAGUUGCGCGAGAUAUUUGUCAGUGAGCCUUGUCACGUGACCGCUAUUACUAUAAUAGUAGUAAUAGUCGAUCAGAGUUUACGGUACUUCAUUUCAACAAAUUCAAGGUAGUCUGGACAUUUACACGAAAAAAGAAAUAUGUUCAAUUCUACAAAAGAAAUACUAGAACCAUUGCUGGUAUAUAUAAUGAACGAUUAGUUAAAAGUGACGAUGUUUUUUAUAAAGCGUGGCAUGCCCGCCGGAUGAAUAUCUCCUGCACUAUUUGUCCGGUCGCCUGACGUGUAGACACUGCCUAGGUUUUAUAGAAGCGAACCGCGAUCUUCAAAUCAUUCUUCAAUCAUCAAUUGAUCCGAUUGUGAUUCAUCCUUUUUACAAGGCUAAACAAUAAUUCAGACUUUUUUGUUUGUUUUGUUAGAGCUCUUCUUAAUUAAAUGGUUAAAUCUAUUGAAAGUGAUGAGUACGAUGAUAUUAAAACAUAUUUUACACCCCCCCCCCCCUCUAAAAAAACAAAACAACAACAACAACUGCAGCUAAAGGUAAUCCAUGUCUAAUUAAUUUCUAAUGAAAGUUAAUACUUUUUCUAACUUGCUUGUAACUAAAAUCAGUUGCAAUGCUAACCUUCAGUUGUCCAUCCGAUUGUGAUUCAUCCUUUUUACCAGGCUAAACAAUAAUUCAGACUUUUUUGUUUGUUUUGUUAGAGCUCUUCUUAAUUAAAUGGUUAAAUCUAUUGAAAGUGAUGAGUACGAUGAUAUUAAAACAUAUUUUACCCCCCCCCCCCCCUCUAAAAAAACAAAACAACAACAACAACUGCAGCUAAAAGUAAUCCAUGUCUAAUUAAUUUCUAAUGAAAGUUAAUACUUUUUCUAACUUGCUUGUAACUAAAAUCAGUUGCAAUGCUAACCUUCAGUUGUCCAAAAUAGCUUGGACAAGUGCAAAAAGGCCACUAGUACUAAGGAUAUGCUAGAAAACUGAACUCUUAGCAGCCUGUGUACAUAUGUAAAUAAAAUGGAUCUUCUGUUCUGUACUGUAUAUAUCUGUAUAUAAACAUUUCCAGUAAUGUUUUUCUCAUGUUCUGUGGUGUUCUGUGGCCUCUUCAAAGACAAUGGAGGUAACUUUAUAUUUCUUUAUUUACUAAAAAAAGGCUUGUGAGUUAUUAUAUAGAUCUUAAAACACCCCCCCCACCCCCCGCGUGCACACACACCCACACACACACCCACACACACCCCCCUACAGAUUUUUUUCUUGGCAGGUUGGCAGGUCUGUUUAUGUUAUUAGGUUUUUAAUGUCUCCAAUAAAAAUUGUAAAAACCUGACUUAAUAUUUAGAUCAUUUGCAGCCACGAUAUGUCGUUUUUAAAAUUGUAUACCUUAAUUAUGAAUAGAUCAGACCAUUUUAACAAAUACUAAAUUACAUUACAAUCUUUGUACUUCCAUAUCAUUAAGCUGAGAAGGGAGAAAGUAGAACUUGAAAAUUCUCUUGAACAAGAACAAGAAUCUCUUGUUAAUCGACUCUGGAAAAGAAUGGAUAAGCUGGAAGCAGAGAAAAGGUAUUCAAUCUGAAGCUUUAUGUCAAUUUGAUUUGACAGCUGACUCAUAUGUACCAGUAAUUUUUAAAAUGAUAUUAUUUCAAUAUGACACUUGUUGUUUUUUUUUAUUAGAAUAAAAUAUUAUAAUUUUUUAUUGCAGACUUCUACAAGAAAAGCUUGAUCAGCCAGUCUCAGCCCCCCCAAGCCCAAGAGACAUAAAUAAUGGGGAUACAGCCUCUAACUUAGUUCAACAUAUUGACAGUCUAAGGUCAGAGGUCACAAGACUGAAGGAUCAGUUACGGAAUGCACAGAUUGAACGUGAGUUGCACAUUUAAAAAAGUAUUCUUUCAGAGUUAUUGUAAAAUUUAAUAUUUAUCAGUAUAUUUUAACGAUUCUUAAGGUUGUGAUAGCAAUAGUGAUUUAAGCCAUGUUAUAACUUUUAGCCAUUCCUAAAGUGUAGAGAUUAAGUGUAAGAAAGUUGCAGGUAGAUAAAGCAUACUACUUAUGCUUGUACCAUUUACGUUUAGAUGCAGAGAAGAUGGCACAGUAUGCUCAGGAGGAGAGGCAUAUCAGGGAAGAAAACUUGCGUCUGCAACGUAGGUUGCAAUUGGAGAUGGAAAGACGAGAGAAUCUUUGCCGUCAUUUGUCAGAAUCAGAAUCCAGCUUAGAAAUGGAUGAUGAAAGGUGAUUUUAAUCAUUUUAUUUUAUUGUCAACUAAAGGAGAACAUUCUUACCACAAUAUUUUGGAGAAUGGGCUUAAAUAUUAUUGUUAACUUAAUUAGAUAUUAUUUGCCUCAUACUUCUUCAGUCGUGAUCCAUGAAUUAUUGGUUUCUUUCUUCAAAUUCUUGUACAAGUUCAUACGUCGUAAUCACACAGAAUUUAACACAAGUCCCUUUUCCAAUAGCAAUGUUAACUUUAAUCCAGAAACAUAUAUCGGGCUGUAAAAUGAAUCAAACACAUUCAUAGUGCGGCUCUGUACAAGUAGAAGAAUAUAGUACAACCUUCAUCUAGAAUGUUAAUCACACCAACUUCCAAACCAAUAGCACCUACACCAAAGACUGACUAUUGGGUACAUUCACGAACGAAAAAACUUAUUAUUAAGAGUACAUUGGGUUGGUGAAUAUCAUUUCCGCUUUCAUAUCAUUUGUUGUUGUCAUUGUUUGGCUGAGUAAACAUGGAUCGGAUGAUGUUACUGUUAAUGGAGAGGAAAGAAAUUAUUCAGAUUAAAAGUAUAAAUUUUUUUUUUUUAACUAUAUUAUUGAGUCUGUUUUAAUUAACCCUUCUUAAUGUACUGGAAUCGAGUUUAGAAACAACAUACAUGAUUUUGGAACCAACCUAAAGUGGUAAAAGUAGGAGGCCACCACAGUCAAGCUACUCUGUUUUACAAAAAUUUGAAGGUAGCCCAUAGACACUAGUCACAGAUACAAUAAAAAAUAGUAACCCACCUAAUGGUGGGAAAAGCGCUCAUUAACUAAACUAGCAAACAAGACACAGCGCAUAGUAAACACAAUAUUCGGUGUGCAACAAUUACUAGUGAAUACCCAUACUCCACAACUUCAUCUUUGUACUAGUUUUUCAUAUUUCAGUCAUUUAUGUUUUCAGGUUUUACUAAUGAAUUUGCAGAUUAUAGGUAACCAACUUAUUAUUCCAAGUUGAUGAUUAAUUGGUAUGACUCUUUAUGGUAUAUUACCAUCUACAGUUAAUGGCAAAAUGCAUUUUCAAAGUAAUUAUUAUUGGCUGAUAUAACAAGAUGGAUGAAUCAGUCAAAAUGCAUAUAGGAGCAACCCUCUGAUGUUUUAAUUAUGCUUUUUAUUAACUUUUUUCCCAGGCACUUCAAUGAGAUAGCCAAACACCAUGAGGCCACAUCUAGUAGUCACAAUGUUAGACCCCGUACUGUGUCUAGUCCAAUACCUUACAAUACAAAUGCACCCAGGUCUAUUUCACCCAGUAAGUUCACCAAAAUCCUACUUGCAAGUGAGAAAAUGUAUUUGCAAGCUCAGAAAAUUACAAAACUGCAAUUAAUAUUUUUAAAAUUACAAUUUUUUUCAAGCUUAUAAAUAAGUUUACAAUAACUAGCAGGCAUUUCACUAACUUUUUCAGCUUAGAAUCAGUUUGCUUUUGCCCAAAUAAAGGGUUCAGGAAGUAUGUAAUUUGACAUUUUGAAUGAAUACCAUUCUCAGAUGAGAGGCAUGGAAUUAUGCUGAAUCUCCACUAUAUGUAUUCAUUACAGUAAUAUGUAAAAUCUAUAUCACAGCGACACUUAAAUUUUAGGAUCAUUUCAGAUCUGUUAAAAGUCUAUGGUGUCCUUCUCAGAAAUCACUCUGCAAUCAGUUUUGUCAGUUUCCCUUUGCUUUGUUUUUAUUUCAUUCCUACCAUUUUGUAAAAAAUCAAUGUAUAGUCCAACUUUCUUUUUCUGUGGUCUAUUAUCCUGAACUUUGUGAUAAUUGAACUUGAGGAGUUGAAAUUUAAAAAAAAAUUAUUUUGAAUAUUGACUUCUGAUGUAUCUUUUAACCUCAUUACCCAAUUUUAAUAUUAUUUUAUUUGAAAAAGAUAAAAUAGCUACAUAAAAACUAGAGUUAUGAAUACUAAUAAAGAUUUUGGAACAAUGAGGAAUGAAACAUAUUUGGAAGGUUUUUGAAUGGGGAUAAAGUUUUAAUGUUUGUUUUGAUUUGUUUACUUUAUAUUGCACUGCCAAAAUAAUAUUUUUCAAACCUGCUAGUUCUUUACUUGGUUUAGGAUAUAGUGUUUAAAUAAAACUAUAUGGGGAUUUUUUUAAAAUAUUGUUUUAAUGCUUAAAACAUUUUCAUAUUAUCAGGUUUGACUUUGUCAUAUUAUCAGGUUUGACUUAUGUUGCUGCUAAAAGCCCUCCAAGUCCUAUGCGUCGCCCGCAGCCUGGGCAACCAUUCCAUCCACCAGCCCAGCCAACCAACACACCCCACAGUUAUCCUUAUGGUGCUGCCCCACAUCACCCUAGUGCCUUUGUUGGUCCAGGAACCUCACCACCCGUUUUCGGUGUUGGAAUUGGUGCAAAUGCCAAUCUUCAGGUUUGUAAUUUCAGUUGUAAAAAAAAUUUGUCUUGCUUUUUUUACUCUAACAGGAGUUUUAUUUAAUCAGUUUUUCGGUGUGUCUUUGUUUUAGAAAAAAGAAUUCCUGUCAUAGAUAAUGACACCCCUUUUUUAAUUCUUAUUUGUGUUCCAUUCAAAGGUUAAUUUUCAUGUUACACUUGGGCACACAAGGUAUAUUUUGUGAAUUAAUAAGCCAAAUGUUCCUGUAAGUUGUAUAUAUUUUUGCCAAUUGGAACAUAAAUUAUACAUCUGCAUUUUAACACACACAAAAAAAGGAUCUAUUACAGAACAAAUUUUUUUCCUACAUAAAAUUAUUUGAUGGCCUAAAACUCAUUUCAGCAAAUGCAGAGCAAGAAGCAAAAGAAAUGAAUGAACAAGCAAGUAACUAGACCAUAAUUUUUAACAUCGAUAACAACAAUAAAACUUAACACCUGUCAACUUAUUUCUGAAUUCUUUUAAAAAAAUUAUGGCAUGCGCAAAAUGUGGGCAAUAUUUAGAAAGGUUUAAAAUAAUUGAUUUUUUUCCCAUGUGCUUAAUGUGCUACAUUUAGAAUCGUUGGGUUUGCAUCAGCUUACAGAGCUUACUUAUAUUUCUUCAAGCUUUCAUUUUUUUGCCUUUAUGAAAAUUACCUGCUUAAUAAAAAUGUAUAUUAAACCACUUUCAAAUAUAUUAAGCUUAUUUUAUAACUCUAAAUAAAAAUAGUAUUAUGAAUUAGAAAAUAUAUAGAAAGAAACUUCCUUUUCUUUCUUUCAAAGAAAUUUGUUUUAACUUUCCGGUCAAUAUCUUGAUUCUGAUAUGUACUUUAUGUAGUAAAAUAAACUACUUAGGUUUCCAAAAUUAUAUUUAGUGGUGAAUAGGUUAAUAUAAUAUUUAUUGACAUUUCAUGUACAUCACAGGACACUUUUUUUAAGAUCCUUAUUUAUUUAAAGUAUAUGAACAUUUGUCCCCAGUAUCUGUUUAAAAGUACUUUGAAGUGAAUUUGUAAUUGAAUAGUUAAUUUUUUUCUUAAAACAAAACCAAAAAGAUAUAAAAAGGAAUGAUACUGACUUUAUACGCCUGGUAGAACCUGAUAUAUAAAAUGAUAUAAGUUAUUAAUAACAGACAUAUUUUCACUAGGACUAAGCAAAUAACAGAUUAGUUAUAUUAAUGACACAUGGUCAUGGAGUUCAGGAUAUUAAAACAUGUUGAAAACUUACUCCUUAUCAUUUUCAGUGCUUGUUUAUUAAUUUACUUUUAAAGAUUGCUUCGAAACAAAAAUUGGUAUAAAAUAUAACAAUUUUUUUCUAAACACUCCCUCCUCCUUCCCCCCACACACAUACACCUUUAAACUUAACUAAUUUAAAUGUACUUAAGUUACAAAUCCUACACAAACAUAGGAUCCUGUAUAUGUGAUUUUUUACUUAUAUAUGCUUAUGAAAUACCCAACCUCUAAACUGUUUAAAUGGAACUGGAAAUAAUAUAGCCAAAUAUAAGAGAACAAUCUUUAUAUUAUCAUAUCUCAGCAGUCAAAUCUAAAAUUAGCCGACCAAUGAUAGUUGCGGAUAAAUGAAAAUUUAAAUCUUGACCAAUAAGAAAAUGUGUUUGAACUAAAAUUGAACAAAAGGCUAUGAGUCAUCAGAACAAAGAGCUCCCGCCAGGCUUAUUUCUGGACAUUUUAGUGGGCAAUACCAGUAAAGAUUAGUUAGGCUAAGCUUUCGAUCGAUACCAAAUAUGCCUAGGUAGCGUUGUAAUUAUAUUAUAAAAGCAAAGGUCGCUCAAGGGUCUGUAUUUGCCUGAAUUUCGCCCCGAAGUCAAAUUUACCUCUUACCAUACUACUCUAAAAUACAUUUUUAACAACUUUAAAUUAUUUUUUAUGAAAAUGGUAAAAAACAAAAUGUUCUUGAGAUUUGUAUCUAGUAAAAUUCACCAUAAUCUCAAUUUUGAUAAAAAUUAUUUAAAUAUCGAUAUUUUCCCCUGUUGACCACCUUAAGCUAUUGUACUGACAUUUAGUGUUAAUUAAAACUUUCUUUUUUUAUUCCAGAAGCCUAGAGUUCAUGCUGAGAAAUUUGCUAAACCUAGUGGUUUUCAUGCUGAGAAGAUUGAAAAGACAUAAGCACUGUUGGCCUGUUGGCACUUCUGUGAUCAAUUAGAUUAUUUUCUUUCAACUUUGGACAGUACUGUUGGUGUCCACAGUUGCUUGCCUGAUCCUUUACAGCAGGAUAAGUUAAGUCUAGGCAACCAUGAUUGACAUUUUAUUCCCUUUACUGUCCUUUUCUGUGGAUUGUCUGUAAUACUUGCACAGUGCCUAGUUGGAAUGUUGUCAAAUUGUGUGUAGCCAAGUCUUACUGUUUAAACUUUGUCAUUCAUUAUUCUGACUAUAAUAAAUGAGAGAAAGAAAAGAAAGAAACUAAGUGGAACACCUUUUGAAAAUAAAUACCAUUUUUUUAUUUUUCCAUAUAAUUUUGAUAUCAAGAGAGAUAGAAAUAUAUAGAUUAUAGCUUUUUAAAAUAUAGUCAUCCCUAAAACUGCCAGUAAAUAAUGUUUCUAAAAUAAUUUUUUUUAUUUUUCAUAUUUUAUUUAAAAUAUUGAGAACAAAAAUACUGUGUUUAGUUCAACAUAACCAGGCCCCCAAAACUUUUAGGCUACACAUACAUGCACACCAGAAGCAAUGUUUUCAAUUUGCAUUCUGAAAACUAAAUAAAUUUAAUUUACAGUUGAAUGUUAGCUGUCUGUUGGGAAAGAUGAUAUUGUCUCCCAAUCAGAUGCUGUUUGCCAAUGCUAAUUUAGACUCUUGAAGGAGUGUAUGUUCGCAUACCAUUAAUAAACAUAAGAAUAUAAAUUUGGCCUGAGCUAUUUUAUCUGUAAUCAUAUUUUAAAACAGUUGCAGAACUUAUCAUUUUCUGUUUCCAGAAAAGCAAAUUAUGUAAAAUACCAAAAUACUCUUUACCAUUCUGUUAGAUUACCUUUAGAGGAAACUGUGAAAAAUAUGGAGGAUAAUUAAAUCAUUGCCAGUAAUAUUGUACUAUAUUUUAACUUAAUUUACCACAAAAAAAAUUCAGAAAAAUGGACCUCAUCAAUGUUCAUCAUUUAUUAUAUUCGAAACAUUCACUGCCUUUUUUUAAUAACAUUAUAUAAUUGAAUAUUUCAUGUCCAAGAGUGUUUUAUGUGUCAAUUACUUUGUUCUGGAUGGUGGUGGUGCUGGGUAGGGCUAAAAUGAGAUUUGAACUUAGUACUUUCAUUUCUGUAUUGCUUUUUUUUACCAUUCACUAAAUGUUUUUUAAAAGAAAUCUUGCUUUGUAAACUACACGAUGUACAUUUUUUAUAAAUCUAGACAAGUAGUCAAUCGUUUUCUAUAAUUUGAUGAAGCAAAAUGUUGACAUGAUCUCAAGAGAUUUAGAGUAAAUAUUUGUUCAUGCUUAAAAAAGCGGCAUUUAAAGAACCUGUUUUUAAUUUUUUUUUGUGGUAGUUUUUUUUUUGUAGCUAAAAAGACUCAGGAAAACUUGUGCGCCAAUGUUAUUGGAAUUCUAAUAAAGAAAAAUAGGUCACUUUUAACUUGGCUUUUAAGUGAGUGAGGAGCAUGUUUUGACAUAUCAUUAAGCUUAGGUCAACAAUAUCUACUAUUUGCUGAUAUUAAAAUAUGAUUUCACCAGGAUUUCAAUUCAUAAAUUUACCUAUUGAUCAAACUUGGAGCAGAAACUUAAAAAUGUUAAUGCCAAAUAACUUUCUUUUCCACUUAUAAUAUGGGUAUCAUGUCUUAAAUUUCAAACAAAAUAAUAUGGAUAUCAUGUCUUAAAUUUCAAACAAACAAAAGAAACUUGUACUGAAUGCAAUCUUUGAUAUUUUAGACCUAAAUUCUUAGGGUUUUUUUUAAUAAUCUUUCUGAUAAAUUAUUCCUUUAAAAUUGUUUUUAUUUUUUUGUGUACUUUUAUUUUUUAAAGGUGUCCGGAACAUACUUGUGAAACUGGUCUUUAUUUCGUUGCUUUUGUUCCUACUCUGUCCAAUUAAAUUAUGUGCAAUUUUCCAUUUGAUGCCAAUGUUUUUUUUUCCUUGGUAACUUUAAAUUUCUCCCCACAGUUCUGAUUUAGAAGUUGUUUCGUAACUCCAUGUUGUACACUUCUCAUUAUUUGUGUGUGCUUACCUAUUAUUUCAUUCUGAAAGUGCAGAAAAUGAUUUGUUGUAGAUCAUAUGUGCUUACGGCUAUAAGGGCAAUGUCCCAUCUUGUUUCAUCAGCCUAUGUUUGUAUACAACACAUGUUAUCCUUUCAAGCGGAAAGUGUGUCAUAUCAUAAACUCAUGCAGCUUCCUGUGAUGAGGUCAAGACAUACCAUUUAAUAUUUCUUACGAUGUUACAUUUAUCUAGGAUAACUUGAUGUUGAUAAAAACAGUAGUUUUAUAUAUUUUUUUCAUUUAAGGUAUGACUGUUAAUUCAAAAUAUUUUGUAAAUGAGGAAAAAUAAAUUAGCAUCUCUGGGUAAAAUUCUAACACUUAACCCCUUAAAUAGCCAUCAUGCCUCACAUCUGGGCACGGUUUAACUUUGCCCAUUCACAUUUAAACAUGGCAAGUACAUCAAUACCCUUCUUUCAAUUAUAUUUUCAAGUAGGCAGGCUGAAGAGCCAAAACGUCUGGUGGAAAUUUAUCACAAUUUAGAUAUUUAAUCACUGUCAUCAUAUAUAGGAAAAGCUAGAUAGGGUUUGUACAUAAACAUUUGUAUAUGUUAUAACACUACCCAAGCAAGCAAAUGCCUGUGCUGGGAAAUGAGUUGAAAUACACCUAAUUAUAGACCACUCCCAGGUCAUGCUGUAAGGGUUUAGCUAGAUAUAAUUCAAGAAAACAAGUGCCUGGACUGUUAACAUGUGGGUUUUUUUUCUCAAAUAAAUUCUUAUAAAAAGCUUUUAUUUUUAAUACAAAUCAAAUUUUAAUAAUUCUUUUUGCUGCAGUGUUUAUUCUUAAGGUUAAAGUGACCAUGUAACCUUUGUUGAAUUUGUUCAGAGCUCAAGGAAUUAUGCAUUGAAUAGGUUAUCUUACAAAUGAAAAGAUUACAACAAAAAAAAACAUUAAAAAAAUCACCCCAAUAAUUCUCUGGGCGGUGCUAGAUUUCAGAUUCAUUGAAGCCGGAAAUACAUUGACAUUGCAACUCAAAAAUCUGUGGCAUAUAAGGGGUUAACAAUUUCUUACUUAGUGAUGACACCCAUUAAACGUUUGUAUAUAAAUAAAAUAAUGCUAGAAUAAAUGACCACGUCGUUAAUCAAAGUUUAAAGGAGGGAAAAAAAGGUUCUCUAGUGUAAGAUUUAGUAAUGUUUAUGUGAUUGUGUUGGAGCAAGCUGUCAGAAAAUAUAAUAAAGCAUUUUUUAAUGUUCGUUCUAAUUUCUUUGUAGCUCUCUCUUUCACCCCCACACACACCCACCUAAAAGACCUACAAAUGAAAGACUCUUUUUUGAAGUCUUCACUGGGAAAGCAUUUAUCAAAACUGUGCACCGGACGAAAACUAGCAUAAAAAUUGGCCCCUAAAUCUCCUUACAGGCUGAUAUUUCUAGUGAAACCUCCAGAAAAAUAAUAAUUUCCUUAGUACUUUCACUAUAUUCAAAUACAAUAGAACUCAUAAAUUUGAUAUUACUUAGGGUUAUUAUUCAUCAUGUUAUUUUGUACACCUUGAUGUGUAGGCACUCUUUCAAACUUGCCAGUGACUUUAUAUCACAUCGUUUUACAUGCAUUGCAAGUUUAUUCCAUUUUUUUUCACGAUUACUUAAGCUUUUCAUAUUUUAUGCCAUUUUUGUCUUCAGUAUUUCUCAGUAUACCGACCUUUCACUCAGUC